CCCUAAGUCCCGGCCUAUAACCGCCGUCACGACAAGACGUGUUCGAACAAGUUCGGACCUUGUGAUUUUUUGGAACGUGCCUUUGGAAUUUUCCAAGACUUUACUCUCGAAAUAUAUCAUAAAUCGGAAUAAUGGCAUUGGGGCAAUACUCUUAGAGAGACCUGGAGCCAAAUAUUGAAGUUGAAUCUCAGAUCUGUUCGUUUCCAAAAAUUCUGCACUAGUGCAAUAAGUUAGAGUGAAACAAGUACACUUUCUCUCGCACUCUAACCUGUUGUAUUACUGUACACUGGUUCAGAAGUUCUUCGAAAACGAGCAGACUUCUUUUUUCAACGAACAGUGGCGCUGGCGAACUCUUAUUGGACGCCUGAAGCUAGGAUUAAGAGAGAGAGAGAGAGAAAGAGAGAGAGCGUUUAAUUUCUUCUUAUUCGCGAGAGAAUAAUGUCAAUGAUAUGUAAUACUAUUGCGACAUUUUGAUUGAUCUUCGUGGAACUGUCAAUGAACGUUGCGUUCUUGUUCCUUUCCCGAUGAAAAGUGCUGACCGAACGUUGAGGGAUUAGUUGCAAAAUGAAUAAAUGAGACAUCAUUCGUCGAGAAUUUCGUCUAGGAUCGAUCGAGUCGACGAGCUAUUCCAUAUUACUGGCACGACAAACUGUUCAAAUAUACCUCUCUCGAUAAUCAAGGUGUCAGCGAGUAUCGCCAACGCGAUCGAGCAAAUAUUUCAUCAUCCGUAUCGAUCGCCGUUGGCGCUUAUCUGUCUACACGUGCGCCACGAAACACCUGGCGAUCACUAUCAUACGGCGGACUGCACGUUCUACGCGUAUAGGUUAUGUUCGCGACUUAGUGAAGGAAACGGAACAACUUCUCGACGGGAGUCGACUAUCGUCCGCGCGGGUACGGGUGAUCGUUCGUCUUACUUAAAUUACGCUCUUUACACAGCUAUCUAGAGUUACACGUUUGUUCAGUGGACUUAGACUGCAGUACAGUAAUUUCGUAAUUAUGCGAUAAUAUUUAUCCUUAUCAUCGUCCCGGUGAAGCAGAGUGAGUGGCCGAGGAACAUUAAUAAGUGGCUUUAUGAUCAGUGAUAAGUGGAAUUAUCAAGCCUGUGAAACAAUUGAAAGCUACCAAUCUCCUGAGCAAGAACGCAAGAUGCUUACCCAACGAUUAGGUAACCGAAGUUUGCUGGUCGACUUGCUCGCGCUAAUGUUCGGCCUGGGUGCCUGGAUCGGCGUGAAUGGCGUCUACGUACAAUUGCCUCUCAUAGUAGACACUGCCCCAGAAGGAUGGAGUCUACCUGCACACAUGGUCAUGCUGGUGCAGAUAGCAAAUUUGGGACCGAUACUGUACACCUUAUAUCUAAAGUAUUCAAUUUGGGUGUGCGACAGAUACAUCAUUUACGUGCUGUUGGCUGCUGCAACCUGCUCCACCUUUGCCUUGGGUUUCCUGUACAGUUACACGUCAUUCGUGUUCGGUAACGAGCACUCGACCGCCCUACUGUCGCUGAUGUUCGUGACAGCGCUGGUGGGAUGCACGAGCUCUGUGAUCUGCAUACCAUACAUGAAGAAUUAUCGUGAGAUUUAUCUGGUGUCUUACUUGGUCGGAGAAGGACUCAGCGGAUUCGUGCCGAGCGCGGUCGCGUUGAUUCAAGGCGUGGGUCACAAUGCUCAAUGCGUGAAUGUCACUAAACCAGAUUCGGACCACGUAGAGUUCAUAACCGUUCCGUCCGAUCCGAAAUUCUCCUCUCAGAUCUUUUUCGUUCUCAUGGGUACUCUCUUGUGCCUGAGCUUUCUCUCGUUCUUGGGUCUGAAUGUCUUGCCUGUUGCGAUUGGGGAGAGAGUCAAGCUGCCAAGCAGCAUGGAAACUCUGCCGACUGACACGACGGCACUACCGAGCUACAAGACUAAUACCGGCUGGACAAUGCCGAAGAACGUGUACUACUACUUGCUGGUCAUGCUGGCUGUGCUCUGUUUACUCGGAAACGGCACUUUACCGAGCAUACAGUCGUACUCGUGUCUACCGUACGGCACCGUCGCGUAUCACUUGACGGUCACGCUCGCUGCCAUAGCUGGCCCGUUGGCCAUGAGCUUAGGUUUCUUCAUAAAAGCACCGACGGUUAAGGUGCUCAAUACCCUCAUGGCGAUCGUCCUCGUACUAUCUGGCUUCAUCUGCUAUUUAGCCGUGAAGUCGCCUCAUCCUCCCUUGCAAAAUUCAUGGCAGGGUGAACUAUUGGUGGUUGUUGUGUGGAUAGCAGCGUGCGGCCUAAUAGGAUUCGUCAAAAUGGGCAUCACAACGUUGUACAGGCCUGACCCGGGGAGAGGUCUUUAUUAUACUGGUGUCGCGACGCAAAUCGGGUCGUUGAUAGGCGCAAUCACUACGUUCGUUUUGGUCAAUUACACGAAAAUAUUCAAGUCUUAUUCUCCUUGUGACCAUCUCAUGGCAGAUUAACGUAUGUUGUACUUAUAGUCGUGAUCACUUCAUCACGUCGCUAGAUAACUAUUCAGCUAUUCAACGACAAUUUAUUUUAGCGCUGUCUGAUAAUACAUUCUAGUUCCUGUUAUCAAAGCUGUCUGUGCAUAUAGAAAUGUCAUCAUAGUCUUUAUCUUAUUUUUAACAGUAUAAAAACAUUAGUAACUGCCCAGAUAGAUAUACUAUGACAUAUUAUCCAGCUCAUUGAUUAGCAUGCAAGUAAACAUGCGUUCUCAUGUAGUGAAAAUUUUUUCAAUACAUAAAAGAACUGACAUCAUAUAAUGCCAUGAAAAUUGCUGAUUUUGCCGGAAAGAGAACGCAAUUGAUCCGAAAUUAUUGUACUAAUAAAAAAUAAAUAUUUGUUAUUAAAAUUAUGACGUAAUAAAUGAGUAGUUCUUAAAACAAGGAUACUUUAAACACACAUUGCGCUGUUACAAUCGCAUUGUAAAGUAUAUAUUAAAUGUUUGCAUGCUAUAUUCAGUAUCUCUAUCUGGAUAGAUUAGCCCGAUAUUGAGUUGUUGACUCCUACUAUAUUACUAGUUGUUUUGUUUAGGUAGGAAAAUAGGGAACAAUUUAUUAUUCUAUUAGAAUUUGAUAUUAAUAUACAUGAUUUUUAUUAUUACCCAUUAAAACGAAUGGCCGUGAUUGUACUGUCAACAAAAUGCGUAUUGCUUACGCUACGAAUGUGACUUACGAAUUCAAUUUAGGAGUUAGUUAUAAUAGUAUUUUAGCAAAGUAAAGGCACACGGGUACAGUGAUGUAUUUCCUCUUAACGUUACAUCAUAUCGCACAGAUCCAAAGGUAUUGAUUCAAAGCAUUAACAUAUAUUUACGUAAAACAUUGAAUCGCCUAUAUUUUAUCUCAACGUAAAAAUUGCCACUUUUACCGCUCAUGUAGAGCCUACGACAUAAAGUGGUUAGUCCAGGAAUUCAGCGAAACAAUUUCAUCUUCCUGUUAGAUAAACAGAGAACGAAAUAUAUCAUGUGCUGUAUUAUCGCAGACUUGGUCUGCCGUAAUGUAUGCGAAUAAUUAUCUACGUUAAACAUAAUAUUUGAAUAACUUACGUGGAGCCUUCCUUUUGCGACCUAGUUCGAGUUAGUCUUACGUGAAAAAUCGGUCCUCUCUCGGUGAUCAUGUAAAUUUGUAAA